AUGAUGGAGGAUCACUGGCCUCUCACACCACCAGAGGAUGGGUCAGAAGAACAUCACAAUGUCCCACAGGAUGAUCAGCUUGUGCAUCCGGGGGAAGAUCUGAACAUUAUAUAUGUUACAGAGACAGAUGUGAGUAGUGACGAGCAGAGUACAGAGGACAUUCCUACAGGUAACCACCCAGAUGACUGUACCACGAGCUCGGAUGAAAAUGUGAUAUCUUCAGAUUUUAAAGCAUAUAGUCAUGGUGCCACACAAGACACAUAUGAAGAACAUGCUAUUAUUCAAGAUGUACCCUUAGCCCUUCACAGCAAAGAUAUACCAUAUAAUCCUAUAGGACAUGUCCGAUCUUCCUUUGUACCACAGACUGUUAGACAAAAUAAACAUCACAGAGGAGGUAUUGAAGAUCAAAGAGCUCACAUAGAUGAAAAGCCAUUUUCAUGUUCAGAAUGUGGGAAAUGUUUUGCAGAUAAAUCAUAUCUGAUUAUACAUCGGAGAAUUCACACAGGAGAGAAGCCAUUUUCAUGUUCAGAAUGCGGGAAAUGUUUUACUUGGAAAUCAACUCUUCUUGAACAUCAAAGAACUCACACAGGGGAGAAGCCAUAUUCAUGUUCAGAAUGUGGGAAAUGUUUUGCUUGGAAAUCAAAUCUUAUUGACCAUCAAAGAACUCACACAGGGAAGAAGCCAUACUCAUGUUCUGUAUGUGGGAAACGCUGUUGUCAGCAAUCAACUCUUGUUAAACAUCAGAUGAGUCACACAGGGGAGAAGCCGUUUUCAUGUACAGAAUGUGGGAAAUGUUUUAACCAGAAAUCACAUCUUGUUAGACAUCAGAGAAUUCACACAGGAGAGAAGCCAUUUUCAUGUUCAGAAUGUGGGAAACAUUACAGCGUGAAAUCAAAUUUGGUUACACAUCAGAAAAUUCACACAGGAGAGAAGCCAUUCUUGUGUUUAGAGUGUGGCAAAUGCUUUUCCCUCAAAGCAACUCUUGUUGAACAUCAAAGAAUUCACACAGGAGAGAAGCCAUUUUCAUGCAGAGAAUGUGGGAGAUGUUUUACUCGGAAAUCAAAUCUUAUUGAACAUCAUAAAAUUCACACAGGACGAAUCUAUAUAAUAUUCUGA